AUGACAGACUUGGUCGGCUUACGUCUUGAGCUCUACAAUGCGUCUCAGGUUCUUUCCAAUAUUUGUUUAGUUCAUGCUGCUAAAUGGUGCACCGAAGCACUCAACGGGCUAGCGCCAAUUUCAGAACCUUUUGAUUUCCCACCUAUAGCGCUUGAUGAAGAUGAGAGAAAAGACCAGUUUAACUUUAUGCUUGCACGAACGUACUUCAAUUGUAAGGAGUUUGACCGUGCAGCGUAUACGUUGCGGAAUUGCGUUAGUGGAAAUGCACUAUUUUUACGCCUAUACUCAAUUUACAUCAGUAUAGAUAAACGGGCCACCGAGGAUACAGGAGGAAUGCUCAGUUUUGGACAGCCAAAAAGUUUGCCAGCUCGACCAUUAGGUGGUACACAUAAUAGAGAUCCUGAAACUCCUCUGAGAGAUCUUGUGGAUGGUCUAAAUGGAAGAUUGAGCACCAUUGUCGAAGAAGCUGAAGCGUAUUACAAUGAAGGAGGUAAACCCAAUGCAUUUCUAUAUUAUCUUGUUGGACUCAUCUUCAACAAAAGGAAGAAGACGGAUUUGGCUAGGAAAAGCCUUCUUCGAUCUCUCACUUUGUUCCCUUAUAAUUGGAGCUGCUGGCAAGAAUUAUUGUCCACUUUUGCAAAGUAUGAUGAAGCAAAAGAUUUCAUUGAGCAUGCGAAGAUUUCGGAUUCCCUGUUCUCCUCUAGUAUCAUGUUUCGUAUGUUUGAACUUGUGCUUUUGCAAGAGUUUUAUCAGCAGCUGGACAACUUCAAUGAUCAACUCGUGGCCUUGUCGGAGAUCUUUCCGAAUUUCAUGUUUCUCAAGGUGCAAAAAUUCUUAUUUGCGUAUCACAGGUUGGACUACUAUCUUGCGGAGUCGCUAUUCGAUGAGAUCCUUGCUCAGGAUCCAAUGCGUCUAGAUGACUUGGAUACAUACUCCAAUAUGUUAUACGUUAUGGAGAAGAAAUCGAAACUAUCUUUUCUUGCUCAGUUUACUUCUCAAGUCGACAAAUAUCGGUCAGAAACCUGCUGUGUUGUCGCAAAUUAUCACUCCAUGAAAGGCGAACAUGACAAAUCCAUCAUGUACUUCAAACGUGCCUUGACGCUCAACAAAAAUUGUCUCAGUGCGUGGACUUUGAUGGGACACGAAUUUGUGGAGUUGAAGAAUUCUCAUGCGGCUAUUGAAUCUUAUCGUAGGGGCUGUUGA